AUGCUGUCCAUCUCCAAGCCGGCCGUGAGCUCGAGCUCAGCGCCGUCGUCUGCAUCCGGGGACAACAAAAAGAAGAUCCCAAAGCUCGAAACCUUUAUUGCUAAUCGAGACUACACGGGCGCGAUCACCAUUUUGGAGUUUCAAAAAGCCACAGGCAAAUACACCACCGAAACGCUCCUCUGGCUCGGCUACGCGGCAUUCCACCAGGGCGAAUAUAAGAAGGCGAUGGAGGAAUCGUCGUGUGAUCCGCUGGUGCACCUGUAUCUGGCUUGCUGCUACUUUUUCCUGGGCAUGUACAAAGAAGCCGACGAAGAGGCACAAAAGGGACCAACGUGCAAGCUGCAGAACCGUCUGUUGUUCCACUUGUCUCACAAGUUCAACGACGAGAAGCGGCUGAUGGGCUAUCACCAGAACCUGCAGGAUGUGAUCGAGGACCAGCUCAGCUUGGCGUCGAUCCAUUAUCUCCGGAGUCACUACCAGGAAGCCAUUGAUAUAUACAAGCGCAUUCUGUUGGAGAACAGAGACUACCUUGCAAUCAACGUUUAUGUCGCUAUGUGUUACUACAAGCUCGAUUACUACGAUGUCUCCCAGGAGGUCCUGUCCGUCUAUCUUCAGCACUUCCCAGACAGUGUGAUCACGGUCAAUCUUAAGGCCUGCAACCACUUCCGUCUAUACAACGGCAAGGCCGCCGAGGCUGAACUCAAGGCCCUUACGGACAAGACCUCGGCUCACUUCAAGUUUGCCGAAGAUAUUGUCAAGCACAACUUGGUUGUCUUCCGGAAUGGCGAGGGUGCCCUCCAAGUCUUUCCACAGCUUCUGGAUGUGAUUCCAGAAGCGCGCCUCAACUUGGUCAUCUAUCACCUCCGUAACGACGACAUCAUCUCAGCCUUCAAUCUGAUGAAGGAUGUCGAGCCGUCCACACCCCAGGAGUAUAUUCUCAAGGGCAUCGUUAAUGCGUGCCUCGGCCAGGAGCAAGAGUCCAGGGAGCAUCUGAAGAUUGCACAGCAGUAUUUUCAGCUGGUCGGCGGUUCGGCCAGCGAAUGCGACACGAUUCCUGGCCGACAGUGCAUGGCAUCCUGCUUUUUCCUACUCAAGCAGUUUGAGGAUGUCCUGAUCUACCUCAAUUCGAUCAAGGGUUACUUUUACAACGAUGACACGUUCAACUAUAACUAUGGGCAAGCCAAAGUUGCCACAGGCGCCUAUGAGGAAGCCGAGGAGAUUCUGCUGAUGGUGCAAAACGAAAAGUUCAAAAAUGAAUAUGCCUAUCUCAGCCACUUGGCCCGUUGCUAUAUCAUGAACAAGAAGGCGCGUUUGGCUUGGGAGCUCUAUCUGAAAAUGGAGACCUCCAGCGAAUCUUUCAGUCUGCUGCAGCUGAUUGCGAAUGACUGCUACAAGAUGGGACAGUACUUUUACUCGGCCAAAGCGUUUGACGUUCUCGAGCGCUUGGAUCCGAGCCCCGAGUAUUGGGAGGGCAAGCGAGGCGCCUGCAUCGGCGUUUUCCAGCAGAUCAUCGCCGGCCAAGAGUCCAAGGAGUCCUUUCGAGAAGUCAUCAGCAUGCUCCGGAACACGUCCAACCCGCAAGUGGAAUACAUCAUCCGGGUGAUGAAGAAGGCAUGUACAUAGCGACGGAUGACGAGACAUGUUGCAGCAUGCUGCCUCUGGCAAGAAUGAUGAUAUGGCGGUUUGCGGAGCCUGGCCAGGACCGAUGGCCAGGACCGAUGGCCAGGACCUAUGGCCAGGACCGAUGACUCUUCCGCUCACAAUCUCGUCAAUCUGCGACAAUAGUACGCCAAGGACAGAAGGAUCCCAGUUUAGCAGCGGAUAUCAGUCUGCUAGACCGGACGGCCAUCGCCUGGGCUGGUCCUUGAUUUCACUGGCCGUUUUGAGGUUGAAAUUUCCAAGCCGAAUCGUGUUCUUGGUUGCAGAGUGCCGGCGGUUCCUCUUUGGACCCUAAAUACAUUCACGCCGUUCGCACCGCCGAAGCAGGACACGGACACGCACCGAGACGCUGUUGGCUCGGGUCUAUCAAGUGCCUUGGUCAGUCCCCAGGAUGCCACUUUCGAGUGGCAGGGCCGCUUGCAUCCCCGUCUGCGUCACUUUC